GGUCCAUAUCAUCACAAACAUUCACGCCAAACAAAUUCUAGUCUCUGUGUACGAGUUCUGCGACAUGUCUCAAUCUCUUUAUUCGUCGCUACCGCUGGUGUCUAAUAAUAUUCGGUUGCUUCGCAUUUUGCCGAAUGAGAACGAGGAGGCUGAUAUCAACUGUACGCUGUUUGUGUAUCCUCUACAUGAUUCGGGUAGAGGUACUCAUCGAUAUGAAGCUUUAUCGUAUGUGUGGGGAGAUGCAGAUAAUUCUUGUUCUAUUUGCGUAAAUGGGCAUAGUUUGAUUGUCAGGGCAAACCUUCACAGUGCUCUCUUACGCCUUCGAGAUCCCGUUUUAGACCGCAUUAUAUGGAUAGAUGCCAUUUGUAUCAAUCAAGAAGACCUAAGUGAAAGAGGUCAUCAGGUCCAGCUUAUGGCGAAGAUAUACAGUAAAGCGAGCCAAGUAGUCGUUUGGCUUGGAGAAGCAGCAGACAAUAGCGAUCUAGCUCUUGAAGAAAUAGUCAUUGCUGCAAACCAAUCUGAAAUCUCUUCAAGGAAAACAACUCGGAAGGCAAUUAUUGCACUGCUUCAACGCCCAUGGUUUCGUCGCAUUUGGGUGUUACAAGAAGCUGCAGCAGCUCGGCACAUACUGAUCAUGUGUGGUCUUGUUGAGAUCGACGGAUAUGCGUUCUGUGCAGGGUUAAAUGCUUCAAAUGCCUAUCUAGAAGCUUAUCCAAGAUUGCAAAGACUGAUUCGUUCCGUAACUUAUCUCAUGAAGGAGGCAACCCUUCGGCCAAAAUAUGCAACAAGUAGUUCUGACAAUUUCUCCCUCGAUAUUCGCCCCUUAAGCGAGCUUAUGGAAACAUAUUACACCCGGGAAGCGACCGAUGAUCGUGAUAAAGUUUAUGCUUUACUCUCUAUGUGCUCUGAUAGCCCUACCUCAGCAGGCCUACUCCCUGACUACACCAUUCUGUGGGAACAACUCUUUCAGCAGCUUGUCCGGUUCAUUCUUUGUAAAGAGAUAAAUGUGAGGUUCCCGCAAGACAGAAAGGAAGCAAUAAUCAGAAGCAAAGGAUGUGUUCUUGGCUGGGUGAAUUCAGUGGAAGUUGAUGCUCCUUGGAAUGACACGGUAAAAUUGGACAUUUCUUGCACUGACGCUCUAAAGUAUUUGGAGAGAACGAAGAAAAGGAGAACUACUUGGAAUCUCCCGACUGUGGAAAAAAACGUACAGAGAGGCGACAUCGUGUAUCUUAUACAAGGAGUGUUAAAGCCAACGAUCAUCAGAUCUUGCAAGGAUCAUUUUUCUGUGAUCAUGAUUGCAGCAAGUCCCAAGUGGCCAAAAGUUAUAGGCUCGAAGAUGACUUUCCCGCGUGAGUUUUUACUUGUUUGGGACUUGGGAGAAUCCGAGAAAAAUCUAGGGCAUGUCUACUCAACGACUGGGGAAGCUUCAAAAACACAUGAGAGUCAAAAGACGAAGAUCGAUCUACUCACAGAGGAAAGUUAUCCCCCUAUUUCCUCAAGCUUAAGUUCGGAGGGAAAACUUUGGAAGACAGGCAAGAGCUCAUCAAUGCGGAGUCGCCAGAGAAGCCAGUCUUUAUCAUCAACAGGCGGUGAAUUAUCGAUUUUGGAUCAUAUUGAAUGGGAGGGUAAUUCAGAGAUGGGUUCGAGCUCAGAAGCUGAGGAGAAUUCCGAUAUCGACGAGUAUCCAGAAGUAGGAGAGUACUCAAAUUUGGAUGAUUAUUUGGAGACUGGGUCGAAAACAUUUGACGGAGUGAUCGGAUUGCACAACUUUGCGCUAUUCUUGAAGGAUUCAAAAAAUUAUAAGCGCGCAGAGGAAUUAUUAUUGCAUGUAAUACGGAAAAGAAAACAACUACAAGGGGUCGAACACCCAGAAACACUAACUAGUGUAGCUGAUCUGCAGUCAUGUUAUCGAGAGCAAGGACUCCUGGAGGGGACAGAAGAGCUAGAAGCAAUGAAGAAUCUCCUUGAGACAGGAGAAAGCGCCGCUCAAGUUUCAAAAGAAGAUCUGAUCAAGAUUGCAUCAUUAUCAUGUUGCAGAGUAAUGACACUCUUACUCGAGAGAAGAUCUGGCUAUGUCCCGAUUACAGAAGAAGUAGUCAAGACAGCAGCAGCCAAUGAAAACUGCGGAUUAGAAAUGAUUGAGCUUUUGCUAGAAGAAAGAGAGGACAUUUUGAUCACCGAAGAGGUAUUAAAAGCUGCAGCAGGAAAUUUGAGGAAUGGAUAUGCCAUUAUAGAAUUUCUUUUUGAAAGAUUAGGGAAUCAAUUUCUAAUUACAGAAGAGAUAUUAAAAGCUGCAGCAGGAAAUGAGGGGUUAUAUGAAUAUAACAUUAGACAUUUUCUUUUUGAAAGAUUAGAGAAUCAAUUUCUAAUCACAGAAGAGAUAUUGAAAGCUGCAGCAGGAAAUGUAAGGAAUGGAUAUGCUAUUAUAGAAUUUCUUUUUGAAAAAUUAGAGAAUCAAUUUCUAAUCACAGAAGAGAUAUUAAAAGCUGCAGCAGGAAAUGAGGGGUUAUAUAGAGAUAAUAUUAGACAGUCUCUUUUUGAAAGAUUAGGGAAUCAAUUUCUAAUUACAGAAGAGAUAUUAAAAGCUGCAGCAGGGAAUGAGGGGUUAUAUGGAUAUGAUAUUAUACAGUUUCUUUUUGAAAGAUUUGAGAAUCAAUUUCUAAUCACAGAAGAUAUAUUAAAAGCUGCAGCAGGGAAUAAGGGGUUAUGUGGAUAUUCCACUACACGGUUUCUUUUUGAAAGAUUUGAGAAUCAAUUUCUAAUCACAGAAGAGAUAUUAAAAGCUGUAGCAGGGAAUGAGGGGUCAUGUGGAUGUGAUGUUAUACAGUUUAUUUUUGAAAGAUUUGGGAAUCAAUUUCUAAUUACAGAAGAGAUAUUGAAAGCUGCAGUAGGGAAUGAGGGGUCAUAUGCAACAUAUUUAAUGAAAAUUCUCUUUGAAAAGUUGGGGGAUCAAAUUCCGAUUACAGAAGAAAUAUUAAAAAUUGCAGCAAGGAAUAAGGGACCCCGAUCUUACCUUAUAAUUCUAGUUAUUUUUGAAAGACUGGGGGAUCGAUUUCCAAUCGCAGAGGAGACGUUAGAAGAGAUAUUAGCAUUAGGAGCAAAGGAUUGGGACCCAGAUGUUGUAAAGCGUCUUUCCACAUGGAAAAUAAAAGGACACGGGUAACUAGGUUCUUUCAAGUUGGAUUUUUCUUUUUAAAUAGGCUCUGUUUGCGCGUCUUUUGAUCAUAAUAUGGAUGGAUCAGGACAUUUAAGUGGCAUAGAAAAAUAAAACUCAUUCCCCUAUUGAACCCGCUCA